UUUUGAUAUUAACUCUUUUAAUAUUGGAAUCUACUAAAAACUGAAAAGAGGAGGACAUAGUACUUUUAAUUGGAAUAUAUACGAAGAACAAAAGGAGGUUUUCCACGUGGCGAAGGAUGAUUGGUGAAAACAAGUGGAAGUUCUUUCUAAUUGGUCAGUUUACUCACAAACACGUUUUUUGGUGUUCUCCGAAGUAGCUUUUCAGUUUUCCCCCUUCUUCUCCUUCUUGCUCAAUUUCCAGUCUCGAACAGAAAAUCAAACACGAAGCUAGGGCACAAUUAGAAUAAAAUUGAUUUUUCGAUUUUGAUUUCCAUCUAGAUCAUUCCCAUCAGUUCCACCUGAUCUCAUAUCUUCAGAUCAAAUAACCAGAUUUCGAGCGGGAGAUAUUGAAUCAACAAAUUCGUUCCCAUUCGCUGGCUUGCUAAUCUGCCGCGAGAGGUGACGAGCAUGGCGUACGAGAGAAGGAGAUUGUUGUUGUUGCUGUCCUGCUUGUUAUUCUUCUCUGUACUUUCCGCCAUUGCUGCAAAGAGCUAUUACGACCUUCUGCAAGUGCCGAAAAGUGCUUCGGAGGAGCAGAUUAAACGAGCGUACAGGAAACUUGCACUGAAGUAUCACCCGGACAAAAAUCAAGGGAACCAAGAAGCUAGCAAGAAAUUUGCUGAAAUUAGCAAUGCUUAUGAAGUGCUGUCAGAUAGUGAAAAGAGGAAUAUAUACGAUAGGUAUGGUGAGGAAGGCCUUAAACAGCAUGCUGCCAGUGGUUCCAGAGGUCCUGGGAUGAACAUUCAAGAUAUAUUUGGCCAGUUUUUUGGUACGGGUUCAAUGGAAGAAGAAGAAGAAAAAGUUGUGAAAGGAGAUGAUGUAAUUGUUGAUUUGGAUGCGAGAUUGGAAGAUUUGUACAUGGGAGGUUCAUUGAAGGUAUGGAGGGAGAAAAAUGUCAUAAAGCCGGCCCCUGGUAAGAGGCGAUGCAACUGCCGGAAUGAAGUCUAUCACAGACAAAUUGGUCCAGGCAUGUUUCAGCAAAUGACCGAGCAGGUGUGCGAACAAUGCCCCAAUGUGAAGUACGAAAGAGAGGGUUAUUUUGUUACUGUGGAUAUUGAGAAAGGAAUGCAAGAUGGUCAGGAAGUAGUGUUUUAUGAGGAUGGUGAGCCAAUAAUUGAUGGUGAACCUGGAGAUCUGAAGUUUCGCAUUCGUACUGCACCUCAUGAUGUCUUCAGAAGGGAAGGCAAUGAUCUUCACACGACUGUUACUAUUAGCCUGGUACUUGUGACCUUCUCAACGUACUUUGACUUUUUUUUUUUUUUUUUUUGUGUCACUUUAUAACCAAAAUUUCGCAGAUUUAGCCAAAAGCAAUUCACUAUUUCCAUAAACUUUUUGUUAUUAUCAUUUGUAAAGUUAGGUUAGAUGGUUGAGAGUUGCUAUUCCCUCUUGCUGGAAUUGUCAUCUUUUUCCUGGUUAUACACUUAUAUCUGCAAAUUACCUCGAAAAGACUGACCAGAGCAGCUCUCUGAUCUUAAUUAUUGGUGUAGCAUGUUUGGAUCCUAGUUAUUUUUGUGAGAUUUUGUGGUUCUACCUUAAGGCCUUGAUUCCUAGCUUAGGCAUGCCUCUAUGUGUAAUUAAUGACUGAAUCCAUCUCAAUCUCUAUGAAGAUGAUGUGCCCAAAAUCUUGUAGGAAGUGAAGUUGCAACUUAAGGUGACCUAAACUAAAGGAAAAAGCAUUGACCCUAGCCACUAUGAAUCUUGUGGUACUGCUAUGUAGAAGGAUACAAAAGUUGUUAAUGAUUCAUUUGUUUAUUCAUGAUUUUGUUCUGUUUCUGGCAUCUGACAUUAUUUGGAAUUUCCUAGCCUUAUAAGCAUUUUUCUUUUUCUUUUUUUUGUAAAUAAAAAAACUCCAUAGGUACACGCUCUUGUUGGUUUCGAGAAAACCAUCAAACAUCUUGACGAUCAUUUAGUGGAAAUCGGUACAAAGGUGAGGGGAAAAAAUACUUCUAAUGCUUUGAAUUUAUGUUAGUAAAAUUGGUCAGUUGAUUUCCAGCUGACUACACGUUCUGGUGGAAUCCUGAAUUUUUACCUUCCAACUUCUCAGGGAAUCACAAAGCCAAAGGAGGUUAGGAAAAUCAAAGGUGAAGGUAUGCCCUUGCAUUUUAGCAACAAGAAAGGCGAUCUCUACAUAACCUUUGAGGUAUUGUUCCCAACUUCACUAACUGAGGAGCAGAAGAAACAGAUCAAGGCAAUUCUCGGUUGAUAUGAACCAUGAAAUUUGAUCUUAACCAAAAGAGGGUUCAUCUUCAUCACCUGGUGCUGGUUUAAUUGUAACAAUCAUGUGUACGGUAUCUUUAAGGAAAAAGACAUCAGGAUUGAGAGCCAUUUGUAGGUUUUUUAGCAUUCUUUUAGGACCUGUUGGGUUCAAAAGUAGUGUUUUUUUUGGUGGGGAAAUGAGAUGUUUUUUUGUUGUAAUCCAUCCAUCCAUUUGGGCUGGUACUACGGUAUACUUAGCGUUGGAUAUUUUGGACCUCUAACCGAAAUACAGAUUGGGCUGGUACGCUUUGACACAUUUUACUCAUAGUAGAUCAUAGUAGUUAUUUGGAUGUUCAACGGAUCAAGCAGUGUCGUGACAUUUUAUUGGAAUAUAUGUAAAGAGAUUUUAGUAUUACUACUAUACUAUUUUUAUUUAACCUUUGUGACGUAGAUAGUAUAACCUGCGGAUUCUUAUAUAUUUC